UGGCAAUGUCACCAUGACUAACGGACUGCGGCGCUUCAGGAAACAGAACAGUAUUGCUGCGUGAGAAUGAAUCUGAAUGAGAUUUGUGACAAUGCAAAAAAAGGCAGGGAAUAUGCCCUUCUUGGAAACUAUGACUCUGCAAUGGUUUACUAUCAAGGUGUGAUACAGCAGAUAUACAAACACUGUCAAUCAAUUAGAGAUCCAGCGCUGAAGGUGAAAUGGCACCAGGUUAGACAAGAGUUAACAGAAGAGUAUGAGCAAGUAAAAGGCAUUGUGCACACUUUGGAAAGUUUCCGCAUUGAUAAACCUGUAGAAUUCUCCACACCUCAUGUAGAAGAAGCCCUAAAAGACCCUGCUGUUUGGCCUCCACCAAUUCCAGCUGAGCACAGAGCACCCAAUCAGGUGAAGCGUCCUAACAGAGAAAUUAAACCUGUGAAAAAAGAAUCUCCUGUUGUGCAACAUCGAGGGCCUAUUGGCCGUGCUCAGCCAAUAGCUAAAGGAGACAAGCUAGGAAUCAAGGACAGCAAAGAUGCAAGAACUAAAGCCAAAGACGAUAAGGGAAAAAAGAAUCAACAGGAUGCUGGAGGUGAUGGUGACCUUCGUAAAUUUGAUGGUACUGGAUAUGACAAAGAUUUGGUGGAAGCACUCGAAAGGGACAUUGUUUCCAGGAAUCCAAAUGUUCACUGGGAUGACAUAGCAGAUCUUGAGGAUGCAAAGAAGUUGCUGAAUGAGGCAGUGGUGUUGCCAAUGUGGAUGCCAGACUUCUUCAAGGGAAUUCGUAGACCAUGGAAGGGUGUGUUGAUGGUUGGACCUCCUGGUACAGGCAAGACAAUGUUAGCUAAAGCAGUUGCAACAGAAUGUGGAACAACUUUCUUCAAUGUAUCAUCUUCUACACUUACAUCCAAGUACAGAGGAGAGUCUGAGAAGCUGGUUAGACUUCUGUUUGAGAUGGCUAGAUUUUAUGCCCCCACUACAAUUUUCAUUGAUGAAAUUGACUCCAUUUGUAGUCGCAGAGGGACUUCUGAUGAACAUGAAGCCAGCCGCAGAGUGAAAUCUGAGCUUCUUGUGCAGAUGGAUGGUGUAGGUGGUGCUAUGGAAAAUGAUGAUCCUUCAAAAAUGGUAAUGGUGCUGGCGGCAACAAAUUUUCCAUGGGAUAUCGAUGAAGCUUUAAGGAGAAGACUGGAAAAACGUAUAUAUAUCCCUUUGCCAACAGCAAAAGGUAGAGCAGAUUUGCUGAAGAUAAACCUGAGAGAGGUUGAAGUGGCUCCAGAUGUUGAUCUUGCUGUAAUUGCUGAAAAAAUUCAAGGCUAUUCAGGUGCUGAUAUUACUAAUGUUUGUCGUGAUGCCUCCAUGAUGGCAAUGCGACGUCGCAUACAAGGCCUGACUCCAGAGGAGAUUCGGGCAUUGUCAAAGGAUGAAUUGCAGAUGCCUGUAACAGUGGAAGACUUCGAAUUAGCACUGAAGAAAAUAUCAAAAUCAGUUUCUGCAGCUGACCUAGAGAAGUAUAAAGCUUGGAUGGAUGAGUUUGGCUCUGUGUAACUUGUACAGUAAAUUGGCAAUAAUUGUUGAUAUUAAAGGGAAACCUUUUCACUACAGUCAUUUCUUAUUUGAGUUAAGUAAAGUCAAACAGACCUGCAGAAGUUAAACCUUAGGGUAGCUAUAGAAUGUACAGUAUAAAAGGGACUCAUUGAACUAACACAUUGUACUUGUGCAGUACAAGAUAGUUUAACAUAUCUUGAUAAUCUUAUUGAAAUACUUUUAUACAUUAUAUUUAAAUUAACUGAAAAUUUAAUGAUUAAAUGUAAUAUAUUUUAUAGCAUCUGGCAAUUUCUAUGAUAGGGAUAUAAGUAUAAUUAAUGGGUACAAAAGAGAAAUGUAGGUGAGUGGCAGGAGGACACAGUGAAUAGUACUAAGGUGUCAAGAUACUUAGAUUCUAGUUUGAUUCAUUGCUGGAGUGUCAUAAGUGUGGGGUUUCCUCUCCCAGUCCAGUGACACAGUUAUGUGCACUUGUGAAUCGAAAUUAGCAUGUAAAAGAGACUCUGACUUGCGGUGGACUCACUUUCUGUCCAGGGAUGGUUCUUGUUCUUUGCCCAAUACUAAUAAGCUUCAAUUUAGUCCUAAAUAAACAAGAUUUAGAAAAUGGAUGAACAGAGGAAUGGACUAACAGUAACAGAGGUCAAUUAACAUGUUAUGUUAGAAUAGAUGUUUGACCCCUUUAAAAAUUGAAAUGGCACAUCAAGUUCAUGAUCAGUCACCCCAUUAUUCUUAUUUCAUUUAAACAAAUGAACCUACCACAAAGUUUUGCAGCAUCCCUCUUCCAUCCCAGUCACUGUCUCUGAGACAUUCUUAUGGAUUUAGAAAACAUUAAUACAGUUUCUGCUGUAAAUAUAUCUAUCUCCUAAACAUCAUUCAUACAUCCUGAUCUCAAGUUUUCUUGUAGCUAAUUUAAGUUGAAUAUUUCUGUGGCUUUUAUCUCUUUUUUUAGUGGUGAUAAUAUUUGUGUACCUUUUUAUUAAAAUAAUCUGUCAGGCAGGAAGCAUGGCACAGUGUUUAAGCCUUUGGACUUCAAACCCAGAGGAUGUAGACUCAUAUCCCACUACUAACUUGGGAACGUCACUUCACCUGCCUGUCCUUCAACUGGAAAAAUACAAAACAAAUGUAGAGAAUUGUAUUUCUCAAAUAUUGUCUUGGAUAAAGGCAUCGGCCAAAAGAUAACAAUGUAAUUGCUGUACUUAUGUUUUCCAUUACAAGACUUUAUCCCUGGACAAUCAGGCACAAAUCUGGGACACAAAUACGACCGAGGUCGGAGGCAGGGGAUACUCAGGCACAUUCAUUGGUAAUUUCAGGCAAUUUUAGCGUCACCAGUUAGCCUCACAUAUGUGUGUUUUAGAUACGGCAUAGUAGGAAACUGGAGUACUUGGGGAAAAAGUGUAUGGGUAUAGAGCUAUGUUCUCAAACUGCAACUGGAGGGCUGCAGUGGCUGCAGGUUUUAAUUCUAACCCUUUUCUUAAUUGGUGACCAGUUUUUUAUGCUAA